AUGGAUUUGGUUCAUGCAUCACCCAUUCCUGAAGCAGACGCUCUUUAUCUUCGAAUUCUCGUUAAUUACGGCACCUUAUUGCUUCCUUUGAAUGAAAAACAUCUCAAUAAAGUUUUUGCUCGUCUAUUAGCCACACUUGAUGCUUUUAUUUUCAUCCACAAUGUUCAUCUCAUUUCAAAAGAAAAGCCCUCUCUUCGUGAAAAUCAAUCUAAAUUACUACUCAGGAAGCGCUCUGAUUCUUUUAAGGAUCCGAUAACCUUUGAGGCACAGUUUAAUCUCGAUUGCGAUUCAACUGAUGCGGGUCCAAGAGCUGAAGUUAGAUCUAUUCAACAGUUGCCAAAAGGGUUACAUGAACUAAGUGUGGACAUUUUCCUUCCUGUAACGCCAGAUACUCUGGAUGAGGAUUUAUUUGGUAAACUACAAGAUGCAGUUCGAAAUUACCUGACGGCUUAUCAGCGUGCACUGAAUUCGACUUUAAAGGAUAACAAUGCGAUGCCACGUUGUCUGUCAACCUACUAUUUUCUUCAUGAGAACCAACUUAUCCGCGUAUUUUACCCUCCUUUCUCCCAGAAUGAAUUAGAGCUGAGAAAGAAAAUGCAUGCAAUAUUGGAGCUGCCUCAAUAUCCCAUUCUACGACGCGGAUUGGCUCUCUUUCCGACACGUAGCUUCCGGCGACUUCUUGGUCCAAAUCCAGAGAACCUGGUCUGCCCACAUCUUCUUCUUCCACCCAUUCCGUCUAGUCCUGAUAUCACCGUUGAAAUUGUUCGUGGAAGAUACACCUACAAGCAUUACCUCCAAGAUGGUAUUGAUGACAAGAACUGGGGCUGCGCUUAUCGAUCAUUGCAGACCCUGGUCUCGUGGUUGCUCUGGCAAGGCACCGUGGUGCCCCUUCAGCCUCUCCCGUCUCAUAGAGCUAUUCAGGAGGCUUUAGUAAAAGUCAACGACAAACCUGCGAAAUUCAUUGGUUCUCGUCAAUGGAUUGGUUCGCUUGAAGUGAGUUUUUGCAUAUCAGAGCUCUAUGAUGUGCAAUGUCGUCUAAUCCCUGUAGCACGAGGGCGGGAUUUUACUCCAACUGCCGCCGCUGUCUUGGUAGAACACUUUUCUUCCGGUGGUGGACCUGUUAUGGUUGGUGGAGGAGACCUGGCGCACACAAUCAUUGGGGUAGCCAUUGCUGACUCGGGUAAGGCGCGAUACCUUAUACUGGAUCCGCAUUAUACUGGUACACCGGGCGAUUCAGCAACAAUUUUGGCCAAAGGUUGGGUUGGUUGGAAAGAAGAGGGCUUUUGGAAACCUGACGUUCCUUACAAUUUGUGCCUCUUGCCCCCUCCUGAUGAUGCAUAUCAGGUUUGA